AUGGAUUUAAGCGUUCAACAGGAAGCUAAUUUAAAAGCAAAUCGUAGUGACAAGACCGCAUUUGUAUCGAGAAAAAGUCAGUGUCUUCUUUCUAUCUUCGACGUUGAUCGUCUAUCCAACACACGAGCUAGUCUCAAGCUUCAACAAUUAUUAGUUAAAUUCAUGUCUCCAUUAGCAAGUUUAAUACUUGUCCUUCUAUCAAUUAAUUGUGUAGCUUCAUACAAUCUUCGUCGCUCACAAAAUGAUCAUAUGUGUACAAUGAUGGGUAGUAUAUUGUGUAUGAAAGAGGAGUUAACCAUCAUCGAAACAGUCAGCCAAGCUAUCUCACGCCAAGCAAGUGAAAUAAUAAAAAUUAUUGAAGAACCAAUCACAGCGAUUGGUACACUUCAUGACAACGUUGAGAGAGAAUUGAAUAAUACACAAAUGAACGUACCAAAAGCCGAAUAUCAUAUGAAGUUUAGUCAACACAGUAACAUUGAUAAAGAAUUUUUAACCAAUCUUUUCUUGGAAGCACACAAUGCUAUGAUUUUCUUUUAUAAUUCAAUAGAAGAUUUGUUAAGAAUAGACGUUCCAUAUACAGCAGCGGUUGAUAAACUAUUUAAACGAAUAAAUUAUGAUUUAAGAGAAGAAAUGAUUUGUCGAUAUCGACGUGCACUUUAUGUUUUCUCUCAAAAAUGGAAGUCAGCUAAUGAAAUUGAGCGCAUGAAUUUUACGAAACAUGAACAUGAACGUGCUAAAUCCAUGACUCAUCAUGUUCAUUCCAUCGUUAUUCUUCGACGUUUAAAGGAAUGGGUUGCAUUAAUCAGUUAUGUUAUUGUUAAUCUCAGCAAUAAAAUUAAUUAG